AUGUCUUAUUUAGAUAUUACUCGAAGUCCUAAUGACCAUUCUGAAAAUUACACAGAAAGAUUAAGUACCGAAUGGAAAAAGACGGAGAUAAAAUACUAUCCCAUACCGGUGGGCAUAGGGAUAGCUUUUAUUGCUUUACAGACCUUGUACCACAAAUACAAUGAACACGAGGCAAACAAAAAGGAUCAACAUGCGAAAAAUCGCCCUGUUAUAGUGGGUCCGUGGCAGGUUCACACCAUUGACGCACUUCCACUCAGAGCAUUGUCGCGUCUGUGGGGCAAAAUCAACAAUGAAUACACCUUGCCUGUUUGGAUGAGAGCGCCUUUUUACGGGCUUUACAGUUGGAUUUUUAAAUGUAAUUUGAAAGAGAUUGAAAAUACUGACCUCAAGAGUUAUCCGAAUUUGGGUGCAUUCUUUUAUAGAUCAUUGAAGCCCGGUUCACGACCUAUUGAUAAUGAAUUCCUUAUAUCGCCAGCAGAUGGAACAGUCCUUACUUUUGGACUAGUAGAUGGUGGAAAAGUGGAGCAAGUAAAAGGGAUCACCUAUUCACUGGAUGCAUUUUUGGGUCACAAAGAUGGAAGGAGUCAUACAAUUGACUUAGGGUCACAAGUUGUUAAGGUGAAUAAAACAACUCACAUCGUGGAUGAAAGGGAAUUUGCAAACGUCAACGGCAUCACGUAUUCUUUAGAUUCAUUGUUGGGCGAUGGUCCUGUCGAGUCUAUAAAAGAAGGGAGCACCCUCAAUGAUGCAUCAAUUAAACUUGGGUCAGAUCACGAAAAAAAAGAGCAGGUUGUCGCAAAAAACGUGAACAAGAAUCCGAUCGACGCCGCUCACGGACUUCAAAUAAAAGAGGGAAAUGCAUUGUUCUUUUGUGUCAUCUAUCUUGCUCCUGGUGAUUAUCACAGGUUUCAUUCGCCAACAAAUUGGGUUGUUGAGUCACGGCGACAUUUCGCGGGAGAAUUAUUUUCGGUUUCCCCCUAUAUGGUGAAAUUGAUGCCGGACCUAUUUGUACUGAAUGAACGUGUCGUUUUACUUGGAAGGUGGAGAUACGGUUUUUUUGCAAUGAUUCCAGUUGGAGCCACGAACGUUGGUUCCAUCAAGAUUAACUUUGAUCGGGCCCUUCGCACCAAUCGAAAAGAAGACUUGGCGAUCGGAACGUACACAGAAGCUUCUUACAAAAAUGCAAGCAAACUGUUGUCCGGAUAUCCUCUUAGAAUUAGUGACGAGAUCGGUGGAUUUCGUUUGGGCUCCACCGUUGUGCUUGUGUUUGAAGCACCUUUAAAUUUUAAAUUUAGCUUGGAAUCCAAUCAAAAAAUUAAGUAUGGUCAAAAGUUGGGCGUAAUUCCGACGGAAUGA